UAAAUAGAUGAAAACAGUGCAUUUUAAAUUUUGUAAUUUAAAAAAUAUUAAAUUUCUUUUGUAUUGAUUAUUAACGAUUUUAAUUUUGUGUUUUAGAAAUGGAUUCUGAAACAGUCGUUGACUUGACACAAUCCGAAGAGCAUUCUUCAAUACUACGUAAGCUUCUAAGUACUCCUCCACCUCCACCACUUAAACAGCAACAGCAACAGCAACAGCAACAGAAACAGCAACAGAAACAGCAACAGCAACAGCAACAGCAGCUGACACAACAACCGUCUACUUCUUCAUCUUUCGAUCAUAAAUAAUGGAAUCUUUUCUACCAUUUAAAAAAAGAAAACAUACUUUUGUUUCUGAACCAAUGAACAUUGAUAAUAAUGAAGAAGAAGAGCUCAUGGAAUUAGAACAGGAAAAUUAAUUAUUCUCUAUCACCAUCUACAUCAUCAUCAUCAUUAUCUUCUGAUGAAAAUAAAUUAUUAGAAGUUCCCAAUUUAAAACGAAAAAAACACAGAUUAAAAUUAGUAUGUCCA